CUGAUCCAUCCACAUCUCGUCUCUCCUUCUCCCUCACCCAGCGCCUCCUCCAUCUCCCGGCUCGUCCCCAAGCAACUGCCCUCGAGGAGUUCCCCGUCCCCGUCGCCGGCCAUGCUGCUACGCUGUCUCCCUCUCCUUCCUUCUUUUCCCUGUGGUUCUUCUUCCACUAACAUCUGUCUCUCUCUUGUUUGCUGCUGAACGUAGGACGCCGCCGCUCCUACCAAAUCCAGCCGCCGCCGGAUCUGCCUCCACCGGACCAGAUCCGUCCGGAUUCGGCUGCCCUCGACCGUCCUCGACCUCAUAUUCUCCUCCAGUCGCCUGAUUGAUGCGCCGCCGACGGAUCUGCCUCCACUGGACCGGAUCCGUCCGGAUCCGGACGCCCUCGACCGCCCUCGGCCUCGUCUGCGACUCCUCCGUCCGGAUUCUGCUGUCCUCGACCGUCCCCGGCCUAGUUUGCUCCUCCCGUCGUGUGAUUUGAUGCCCCACCUAUUCGAUUUCUUCGAUUUCGUGGUGUUGCAAUCUGCUUUUCUUUGAUCGAUUAUUUGAUAGACCGAAUCCUUCCCUUGUGAUUAUUCUCAUCUCUGUGUCCUGAUUUCUGUGGUCGCUUGUUGAAUCAUCAACGUCUACCUAUAUGAACCAGUCAGAUUAGGUGUAAAGAAACGAUGUGGUAUUAUUACUUAGCCAAGUCAUAUAAUUUUUUCGGCAUGAUCCUAGGAAGGCAAGGAGAAAGCCUAUCAGCAUAUGAAGCCCAGUACGGGCGGCGUGGAGGACGCGUCACGAAUCUGAAAUAUGGAACACUUUUUUUUUUCACUUAUAUGUUGGACUGCGGGUUAAUUAGUUAAAACCAUAAGGGGCUUUUUGUAAAUAGUGCACGGUGACGGACGACAGAAACCCAAUUUUCUUUAUUAUUAUUAGGUAAAGAUAAAGACUCGGUAGUACUCUCUCUCUCUCAGUAUUUUUUUCUCUCUUCUUCGGCCUUCGCAAUGCUCCGAAGUUCGCCAGGAUAUUCACCUGCCUCUGCUCUGCACGCGUGGUACUGACGCGGUGUUUAUCUCAAGAAGAAGCGCGCGCGCAUGCAUCAAGAAGGAGGAGGACGGAUUUUCGUACCUACCUUGAUCCACUCGAACUUUGAAAGUCCGGGCUUUUACUUUCCGCGUCAUAUUUAUGCAAGCGGGCCCGAGCCGAAGCUGUACUGAAACUACUGAAGAAGUGUUCAACUGUCCCACUCCAGGUUCAGUUUGCGAAUGGCAGCGACCGACGCGCACGAGACAGGUCUUUGAUGGACUGCUGUGAUGCAUCCAUCUUAGUUACCGUUUCGUCUAAACUCCAACACUGUUCUCUUCGCCAGUGUUCACCCUCGGUUAAGACACUGUUCACUUGCAGCCGGACCGGCCGUAGAGUGGGACAGAGAAGAAAUUACCUGUUCGAUUCCUCAACCCAGCUCGACAGAUGUCCACCGAGCAAAGCAUGCAUGGAGUGUGCGCGAGGUGUCGAGCCACGGGAGCUCGGCGCUGCCACGUCCGCCGGCGUCCAAUUCUUCUAGGUUACCGGUCGAGCCGAUCAGCUCUAGCGCCGCACUUCAGUAGCCCUGCUCUGCUUGCUCACUCUCCCACGACAAGCUAGCGCCAUCGACCAUAUCAUCUCAUUCUCAUAGUCAUCGGAGAAGAAAGGCUCUGCGAGAAGAGGGAUUUGAUUGCGAUGGGUUCGGAGACGUUCGUGGAGAUCCUGCUGGCCAUCCUGCUGCCGCCGGUCGGCGUCUUCCUCCGCUACGGCAUCGGCGUGGAGUUCUGGAUCUGCCUGCUGCUCACGGUGCUGGGCUACAUCCCCGGCAUCAUCUACGCCAUCUUCGUCCUCGUCGCAUAGGCAUAGCUUGUUCAUCAAUUGAUCAGAUCGGACUCGUGGAGAUAGAUAGAUAGAUAGAUCCAGAGGCAUCUUUGCUCCAGUUGCUCUAGCUGUUCAUGGAUGAUGAGAUGACUGGCGCAUCGGUGUAAGCAGGAUCUCAUCUCUGCGCCAUGAAUAACCACCCUGCAUGCCGGUUCAGUUACUAGACCAGCUACUACUGUUUUUCUACUGUUGUGCUGACCGGAGCGCUAUGUACUGCCGUUCUGUGCGUAUGAUUAUGCGUAUCGAUAUCACUUCUCCAAAUUA